AAAAUUUGCAAGUUGCUGCUGGGGAAGAAUGUUUAUUAUGUGGCAUUUGGGAUUAAGCCCUUAUGGAGACUUGGACUCUUCAGGUGUAACUGCUGGCCUGCAAUGACUUGGCUGCUAAGUGUAAUUGCUUGGUUGUCGUGCAGCAGCAUUUUUCUGACUUUGUGACUUUGCCACCCCAAAAGAAAGGCUUUACAAGUUGGAUUGGCCAAGCUGCUGUGCCUUCUCCCAGGCUUACCUUUAACCAUGUUUCUGCAAUAAAAGGUGUAUUUUUUUUCUGUUUACCACACUUACUGUAAUCAAGAUGUGGUUUUAGGCAGCCAAAUUGCUGCUGACCCUUCUCGUUUCCCCCACCCCCAUUUCUUAGUGUUACUCACCUGCUUUAAAUUGUGGUAAACUUCUGGCAGAGACAGUCUACCUUCUGCUUUUGUGAAGGUCCUAAGUUUUUUUCAUAUUAUACAUCAAAAAUGUGUCAAAGGGUAGUUUGAACUUGAGUCUUCACCUGUUGGAAUACAAAGCUAAAGUUGAUGCCUUUGGUUUCAACUGAAUUGCAGUAUUGGCAGAAAUGGUGAAUAUUUUUCUUUUUCUACAGGUUUCUUUUUAACAGUUGUAGUUGGAAAAGGUCAGGUCUGUAAAGAGAUGUGUUAGAUUGGAAUAGUAUGUAGAAUUUGAGCAAUUAGCUUAGCUCUCAGUCUUAUGUAGAAGUUGGGACCUCUUGCCAAGGUGGAUGCACGCAAUCAGAUUGUUUCUUAAAGAAAUGUGGGUAGGAAUAAUUCUGGAAAUGCAGUAAGAUAUGUAAAAUCUGGAACACUCAGGUUUAUACUUAAAGGGAAUACUCCAAACUUUCCGAGCAGUCUAGCAACCCAGUUAUUUAAGUUCUAAGAAUACUUGUCACUAAAAAUGAGAGUGCUUUCUAUGUAUUUCAGGGACACCAAACUCCUUCACUUAUGACCAUUUCUGUAGCUGAUGUAGGAAGGAGUACCUUCUAAAAUCUUUGAGACCAACAGAAGGAACUGGUGAAAUUGUUUGGCUUUGGCCAUGUUCUUCAAAAGACCACGUUGUUGACACUUGGUUGUAAUAAAAGGAAAAAUCAGAACUGGGCUGUACCUCUCUUUUAUUCGGGUAUUUCACAUCUGGUGAAAUUACUUUCAGAAAGAGGAGGAUCAUUUGUCUGAGUAUCAUGCAAAAAUUAUGUUCUAUGCUCACGAAGAGCUCACUUCAGCACUGUGCUAUAGGUUGCCAUUUGACAAAUGGCAGACUUAGUAAGUGGUGAGACUUGCUUGUCUCCAGAGCAAGCCUGAAGUUGUGACACUGCCUAAUGGAAAGUUAAGACUGAUAGGUAAUUAAAUAAAGGCUAUUUGCAUUAGGUUUUUUUCAUGAGAUUAGUACUCUGCAAGUAUUCUGAAAAUGUCAGCUAGACAUCUGAAAUCUGCAGUUAUUGCCAAUCAGCAAAUGUCAUCAAUGUGCGUCAGGCUGUAUGAGGCUACAUUUCUGUUUCAGAAGCUUCUUCUCUUAAACGAGUCAGGUGAUAGUUUAGUGCUUUUUCAUUUUUUCCUCAUUAAGGCCUUUCAUGGUUCUCUGGUGGACUCGCUUAUUUCUGCAGAAUUUAUUGGAGGGCUAUUUAUGUUCAUUGGGAGAAGUCCCUUUGAUUUCUUGACUACCUUAUGAGCCCUACUUAUAAGGGCAUGUUGUUUUGAGAGCAGGGUUGUAUUCAACCAAGCAGAGUAUUUUGAAAAGCAAUUGAAUGCGGUUGACAUUCAGUUGGAUUUAGAUUUCACUGUUGUUUGGAUAUUUUGAAAUGUAGACAUGAUUCUUUGGGACUCUUUAACUGGUUGUAUAUCUGUAAGGUGAGUCUAUUCAAAAAAUUGAUUUUUUUUUUAAUAGAACAGAAGACUUCAUUUUGGCUACCGUUACAGUGUGCACUCCUGAAGUAGUUGUGAUACAAAUCUAAAUCACUAUGAGAAAUAUUUGAAACUAUGACUUCUUGGUACAAGGAAGUAACUUUGAAAUAAGGCACACCAGUGAAGUUGAAGAAUUGUUGCUGUUGCAGACUUGCUGGCUGCAGGGAGGUGGAGGACAUAGACUUACGUCUCAGUUUGCAAGAUCUUAAGAGCAUACAGAGGUCGCAGCAGUGGCAAAGGACCGCCUCAGCCUACAAUUUCUUUUGAUGGCAUCUAUGCAAACAUGAGAAUGGUUCACAUACUUACAUCAGUUGUUGGAUCCAAAUGUGAAGUACAGGUGAAAAAUGGUGGUAUAUAUGAAGGAGUUUUUAAAACCUACAGUCCUAAGUGUGAUUUAGUGCUUGAUGCUGCUCAUCGGAAAACUGCAGAAUCCAGUUUGGGGCCAAAACGUGAAGACAUACUAGAGAGUAUCUUGUUCAAGCCUUCAGAUUUUGUUAUGGUGCAUUUUAAGGAUAUGGAUACCAAUUAUGCAAGAAGAGAUGCUUUUACUGAUUCAGCCAUCAGUGCUAAAGUAAAUGGUGAACACAAGGAAAAGGAUCUUGAACCGUGGGAUGGAGGAGAGACCACCGCUACUGAGGAGCUUGAGGCAUUAGAGACAGAUGUUUCUAAUGGAUGGGAUCCCAAUGACAUGUUUCGUUACAAUGAAGAAAAUUAUGGUGUAGUAUCAACUUAUGACAGCAGUUUAUCAUCUUAUACGGUGCCAUUAGAAAGAGAUAAUUCAGAAGAGUUUUUAAAACGGGAAGCCAGAGCAACUCAAUUAGCAGAGGAAAUUGAAUCAAGUGCCCAAUACAAAGCUCGGGUUGCCUUGGAAAAUGAUGAAAGAACAGAAGAAGAAAAAUAUACUGCUGUUCAGAGAAAUGCUAAUGAACGAGAAGGACAUGGUGUGAACACUAGAGAAAAUAAAUACAUUCCACCUGGACAGAGGAAUAGAGAUGUCCUGUCCUGGGGAAGUGGAAGACAAAACUCACCAAGGAUGGGCCAGUCUGGAUCAGGCCCACCAAUUUCAAGGUCUGGAUCCCAUACUUCAGAAUUCAGUCCUAACUCUGGAGCAGAUCAGAGAGUGGUUAACGGAGGUGUUCCCUGGCCAUCGCCUUGCCCAUCUCCUUCCUCUCGCCCACCUUCUCGCUACCAGUCAGGUCCCAACUCUCUUCCACCUCGGGCAGCCACCCCUACACGGCCGCCCUCCAGGCCCCCCUCGCGGCCCUCCAGGCCCCCGUCUCACCCCUCUGCUCAUGGUUCUCCAGCUCCUGUCUCUACUAUGCCUAAACGCAUGUCUUCAGAAGGGCCUCCACGGAUGUCUCCUAAGGCACAACGGCACCCUCGAGGUCACAGAGUCUCUACUGGUAGGGGUACAAUUUCAAGUGGCUUAGAAUUUGUAUCUCAUAAUGCACCAGGGGAAGCAUCUACUACUGCAGUGGCACGAGGCAGCCCUUCAGGUGGGACGUGGUCAUCAGUUGUCAGUGGGGUUCCGAGAUUAUCCCCUAAAACACACAGGCCUAGGUCUCCAAGGCAGAGCAGCACUCCCACGGGACCAGCUCUGCCUUCUCCUCAGCCUGGUACUAUUCCCACUGAAUCUGUUGCCAUGCCUGUUCCAGCUGCCUCUCCUACACCUGCCAGCCCUGCAUCCAACAGAGCAGUUACCCCUUCCAGUGAAGCUAAAGAUACUAGGCUUCAGGACCAGAGGCAAAAUUCUGCAACUGGAAACAAGGAGAAUAUAAAGCCAAGUGAGACUUCUCCUAGUUUCCCUAAACCUGAAAACAAAGGUGUAUCUCCAAUUGUUUCAGAACACAGAAAACAGAUUGAUGAUUUAAAGAAAUUUAAGAAUGACUUUAGGUUACAGUCGAGUUCCUCUUCAGAUGCAGUGGAUCAGCUGCUAAACAAAACCCGAGAAGGUGAAAAAUCGAGAGAUGUAGUUAAAGAAAAGACAGAAUCAACCCCUAAAGAACCUAUCAUAGAAACUGGCAGUAAUACUAACUCUAAUGGUGGCAGUAGCAAACCCAAUAGUCCAAGUGUUUCUCCUUCGAUAAGUAAUAGUUCUGAGCAAAAGCGAGGGCCUGAGGUAACUUCACAAGGUGUACAGACAUCUGGGCCUGGAAGUAAACAAGAUAAAGAGGAUAAAGAGGAGAAGAAAGAUACUUCUGAGCAAGUUAGAAAAUCAACACUUAAUCCUAAUGCAAAAGAGUUCAACCCUCGAUCUUUUGCUCAACCGAAACCGUCUACUACACCAACCUCCCCUCGUCCACAAGCUCAGCCUAGCCCCUCCAUGGUGGGUCAUCAGCAGCCAACCCCAGUGUACACUCAGCCUGUUUGUUUUGCACCAAAUAUGAUGUACCCGGUUCCAGUGAGUCCAGGCGUGCAGCCUUUGUAUCCUAUUCCCAUGACGCCCAUGCCAGUGAACCAAGCCAAGACAUAUAGAGCAGGUAAAGUACCAAAUAUGCCACAGCAACGGCAAGACCAACAUCAUCAGAGCACCAUGAUGCAUCCUGCCUCAGCAGCAGGCCCUCCAAUUGUAGCUACGCCACCUGCUUAUUCCACACAAUAUGUUGCAUAUAGUCCCCAACAGUUUCCUAAUCAGCCUCUUGUGCAGCAUGUGCCACACUACCAAUCUCAGCAUCCUCAUGUUUAUAGCCCUGUAAUACAGGGCAACGCUAGAAUGAUGGCACCACCAACACACGCACAGCCUGGUUUAGUAUCUUCUUCUGCAACACAGUAUGGUGCGCAUGAACAGACGCAUGCUAUGUAUGCAUGUCCCAAAAUACCAUACAGCAAGGAGACAGGCCCUUCUUUCUACUUUGCCAUUUCCACUGGCUCACUUGCUCAGCAGUAUGCCCACCCUAAUGCUACCCUGCAUCCGCAUCCUCCGCAUCCUCAGCCUUCUGCCACACCAACUGGCCAGCAGCAAAGCCAACAUGCUGGAAGCCACCCUGCUCCUAGCCCCGUGCAGCAUCAUCAGCACCAGGCUGCUCAGGCACUCCACCUGGCAAACCCACAGCAGCAGUCGGCAAUUUACCAUGCAGGCCUAGCUCCAACCCCACCUUCCAUGACGCCAGGCUCCAAUACGCAGUCUCCACAAAAUAGUUUUCCUACAGCACAACAAACAGUCUUCACCAUUCAUCCCUCCCAUGUUCAACCUGCAUAUACCAAUCCGCCACACAUGGCCCAUGUCCCCCAGGCUCAUGUACAGUCAGGAAUGGUUCCUUCUCACCCAACUGCCCAUGCUCCAAUGAUGCUAAUGACGACACAGCCACCUGGUGGUCCCCAAGCCGCCAUCGCUCAAAGUGCACUACAGCCCAUUCCAGUCUCGACAACAACACAUUUCCCCUAUAUGACGCACCCUUCAGGUGAGGAGUGUGUGCCCGGGAGACCUGCACCUUAACUGAGCCAGGUCACAGUAGUGAGGAGAAUUGUUAUGAACCAGAUUUGGGGAAAAGAAAAACAAACAAAAAAAACCCUUAAGAUGUCCUUGUAGAGCGGCAGGCUGCUGAAGGCAGACUGUUUCUGCAUUUAGCAUACAUACUUGCCAGCCCAAAUGCAAGCCUAGAUAAGCGUACGAGAUCUAGCUAACGUAGUAAAGGAUUUGCUUCUCUCUAGCUGAAGUAGAGAAAUGGAUAACUAUGCAGACACUGGCACUGUGGGACUGUGUUCUUCCAGGUUUUGCCGUGGUUUUGCCGUGGGGGAUGGACUGUCUGUGUAGCCUGUUUAUAAUGAUCUGGGGCUUUAUUAAAUUUAAAGUGAUCGGUCUUGAGGAUAGGAGUGAAAAUGUUGCUUGGGGGCAGGGCUGUUAGACUUCUAAUGACUGAAGUAAAGUGACAACUGAAUUCUAACCUUUAAUUCAGAGUAACGUUCUGCAGCUUUACUUUUUGGGAAAAGUAGGUGCUGUAUGACUUCUUUCCGCUUUAAAUUUAACCUUACCAAGGUUUCUUUAUUGUUACUUGUUGCCGAAUAGCCUCUAAACUUUUGUAGUGAACUAGAUACCUGAUUUUGUUUCUUGGGGAAUGUGUGAGCAGAACAGGCUGCUUUCUGAGAGUUUAGGUAGGGGAAAAAAAAUCCAAGGGACAUCUUUAUAUGCAGGGUUUUGUUUUGUUCAUUAAAAAGAAAAAAAAAAAAGAAAAGAAAGAAAAAAAAAAAAAGUUCAGUUCAGUAGUUGUCCUGUGACCACUUUACUAGCAAACUGUUGUGUGGCUUGCCAAUUUAUUAUUUACAUUUGAACUUUUUUUUUACAGUACAAGCCCACCACCAACAGCAGUUGUAAGGCUCAUCUGGAAUAACUGAAAGGCUGGAUACCUUUUGUAGGCCAAAUACCCUCCUUCUACUGCUUCUGCCAACUGGAAGCACAGAAAACUAGAAUUUCAUUUUAUUUUGUUUAAAAAAAAAAAUCGAUUUCUUGUAACAUCCACUAGGAAUGCUAACAGUUCAUCAUGCAGUGGGAGAGAUUCGGACUGAGUAGAGGCAUUUAGGAACUUGUGGGCUAUUCCAUAAUUCCAUGCACUGUAUCUGAGUCCUGCAAGUGCCCCAACUCUGCUUGCUGAAAACUGGAAGUUAUUUAUUUUUUAAUGACCCUUCAAAGUUAUGAACUCAUCAGCUAGCAAAAGAAGUAACAAGAGUGAUUCUUGCUGCUAUUAUCACUAAAAAUCAAGACUUGGAGAUCCCUUUUACUUCUAACUAAACUUGAAACAGGUUCAGUAAAAAACAAAAAAUUCUAAUCGUCAAACUGAUGAAUUAUUAUUUAUAAAUCACGUUUGAUGAGAUAAUCACUAUCGUGAGACAGUGAUGUAACUUUUAAGUUAAGAAAACUUUUACUUUGUAGAUAAUAUAAAAUAAAAACUUAAAAAAAAAUUAAAAAAUAAAAAAAGUUUUAAAAACUGA